AUGUCAUCUCUAGAUUAUCCAGAAGAUUUUGAAAAUAAUAACCCAUUUGCAGAACCCGUCAUAUCUGAUCAAGCCAAUGGCGUGCAUUCGCAGACGGAAAACAAUGAAACACAAUCUCCACCAGAAGAGCACACGGCCCCACAAAGUGAUGAAACAUCACCAGACCCUAACACUGAAGGCACUUUAACUGAAGACGAGCUAAGAAAGCUUAUUCCUGAGAGAUUCACUACUAAAUACCGUUUAAGUAUUCAGUUAGUUGAAAUUGAAAAGAAUAAACCUGGGAACCCAAUACUUAAAAUGAAUGUCAAGGUAAAAGGUUUGCCACGCUAUAGACAGUCGAUUUAUAAAGAUGUUCGUAGAACUUUUAACGAAGUUGUGAAAUUUAACAGAUACCUAACUGUUUCAAACUUAGAGGUGUUUGUUCCAGUCAUCCCUAGUGCCAUAACGUCGUAUCCAACAGGUGGCGAAGAUGAAAGGAAGAAACUUUUUGUCGAAUGGCAAGAGUGGUUGGAUAGAGUUACUAGUAAUCCAAUUUUAAUUAGAGAUGAAGAGUUUGUUUACUUUGUGGAGAACGAUUUUGGAUACUCUGUCAUCAACACUAAUAGGAAAACUUCUGUUGCAAGUGGAAUCAUGAGAAAGACACUAAAACAGUUUGCUGUACCAUACGACCCUUACGAAGAGUUGGCCAAUUUUAGGCCAAUUAUUAAAGAAGCAUAUUUGACUCUUCAAAAAUUGCACAAACUUCUUGAUAGAAACUCGAAAACGGAGAAACAGGUUUCAAUUCAUAUUUUCGAUAUGGCCAACAAAUUGAGUCAAUUGUCUGAAUUUGAAACUACUCAUCCAGGAAUGAAAAAUAUGUGGGAGAAGUUGGGUAAGAUCACUCAAAAACAAUCUGAUUUUACCUUGGUGGACUCGAUUAACGAAAUGGCAACGUUGGGAGAUGGAACUCAAACAUUAAUUGACGAUUUUUAUGAAAUCAAAGAAGCUUUAACAAAUAGGCACUUGAUCAUGAGGGAGUUGAUUCAAGCAGAAACCCAAACCAAUGUUAAACAUGUUCAAGCAAACAAAAUAAAAAACAAAUCUUCGUUGGAUCCUAUAAAAGUUGAUGAAGCCUUGAGAUCGUUGGAAUAUGCUUCGAAAGUACAGGAAUCGCUUCAUUUACAAGUUAAAAGAAUAUCUGGAGAAAUGAUGUUUGAAAGAAAAGAAGUAAUAGAUUUUACUGAAAAAAGAAUACAACGCUUGAUGAAAGCUUACACUUUGCACAAAGUAGAACAUCACAGGAAAAUUCUUAAACAUUUUGAAAAUAUAAGGUUGGAUGUACGAAGUGUUGAUGAUAAAGGUGGGUUAUCCAGACUUAAUCGUGACAACUUGACAAACUUGAAGCAUAACUUGACACAAUCACAAUCUUCACAAGGCGAUUCAUGGUCUUCAAGAACGUUUAGGUCUUUGGAAAAGGAAGAAGAAGAAAAGGAACACAAAAAGCUGGAUGCAAAUGGUUUUGAAUCCACAACUGUUGAUCCCAGAAAUGCGGCAAGCCUAUUAGGAGUGGCUACAUUUUAA